AACAACUCUCUCUUCUCCACCAGAAAUGAAGGAGAGUUUCCUGGUUUUUGUCCUCCUCUAGCACCAACAAAUCCCCAAAACUAAACUCCCUUUUGUUUUUGUUUUUCUUUCUCUCAUCAUCAGUAAACAAUCUCUCUCUCUUCAGAGCCCAACAAGAAGAAGCAGCAAGCAAAACUAAGAAAGAAACAAGAGAAUUCGGUGUAAAAGAAAGACAAAAGGGUUUAAAUUUGUAAAUAUAUAUACAUCUCUUUCUAUUGCUUCUUCUUUCAAUGUCAAAUAUCACAGGUGAAGGUGGAACCUUCUCUUCUGGGAAUACAACUGCUGCUGUUGGAGAAGCAGAUGUUCAACAGCAGGAGCUGCUUAUUAAUCACUUGAACUCCAUAGCUUCAACCACUGUUGCUACUUCUACUACUAAUGGCUCCACUGCUCAGCAACAUCAGCCUUCAACAGUUAAAAAGAAGAGAAACUUACCAGGAAAUCCAGAUCCUAGUGCAGAAGUUAUAGCUUUAUCACCAAAAACCCUCUUGGCAACAAACAGAUUUAUCUGUGAAAUCUGCAACAAAGGUUUCCAAAGAGAUCAAAAUCUCCAAUUGCAUCGGCGAGGACAUAACCUACCAUGGAAACUUAGGCAAAGAACAAGCACAGAAAUCAGAAAAAGGGUUUAUAUUUGCCCAGAACUUUCAUGUGUUCAUCACAAUCCAGCUCGUGCAUUAGGUGAUCUCACAGGAAUCAAGAAGCAUUUCUGUAGAAAACAUGGAGAAAAGAAAUGGAAAUGUGAUAAAUGCUCUAAGAAAUAUGCAGUUCAAUCUGAUUGGAAAGCUCAUAACAAGACCUGUGGUACCAAGGAGUACAAAUGUGACUGUGGCACCAUCUUCUCCAGGAGGGAUAGCUUCAUCACUCACAGGGCUUUUUGUGAUGCCCUAACAGAAGAAAACAACAAAGCAAAUCAAGGGUUAGUGCCCAAAACAGAAACAAACUUGCAAAGCCAAGUCCCCAACCUUAUAUCCAUUCCUAUUAACAACAAUCAAGACCAGCCUAUGAUAAUGUCCAACCUUAGCAAUCUAGACACCAGAAUCCCACUGUCUCUACCCCAUGAGCUCAUGCCAAUCCCAACAAAACCCUCAGGAGCCAUGUUUUCAAGUGGCACAACAAGCCUUUUUGGUGGUGGAAGAAGCUUGUCUAAUUGUUCCUCAUCCUUUCAGUUGAGUGCAAAUUCUUCAACAGUCUUUGAAGGAAAUGCGCAUAUUUCUGCUGGCUCAGUUUCAAUGUCUGCUACUGCAUUGCUUCAAAAAGCAGCUCAAAUGGGUGCAACUGCAAGUCCCACGACUCACAAGAGCUUUGUUGCUGGCAUGGCAUCCUCAACAUUUGGUCCAAUGCAGAACUCAAAUGACCAGUCUCAAGUGACAGCAGGAGGCAAUGGAGGAUUCAUCAACCAGUUUUUCAAUGCAAAUGGUGGGAUUGAGAAUCCAGCUGCAAACGAUGUGGGUUUGAUAAAUGGGGUGUUAGAUCAAACCAGUGGAUUAUUCAAAAAUAUUGAGCAGAAAACCAGCAACGAUAAGAGCUUUUUUCAUGGUGUAAAUUCCAGUCCUGGUUUAAUUUCGAGUGGAUUAACGAGGUUUAGCGGGGACGUGAUGACUGUUGAUUUCUUAGGAGUAGGAGGAUCAAGACAAAGGAAUCUCCAUGAGCACCACAAACAGGAAAUGGAGUUUAGAGGAAUUGUUCAUCCGAGAAUUCAUCAAGGUCUGGGUCAAUUUGAGCAAACAGCUUUGGAGAAACCCAUGUGGGAUGUCUGAAAAAGAAAAGAAUAACUCAUAAUUUCUAGCUAGUCCUUGUAUGAGUUUCUCUCGUUACCUCUUUUCAAAAAGAAGAUUUUUGCUUCUUUUUUCUGUUUCUA